GUCAACGAACCAUCAACAUCGUAAAUAUUCUUCACAGCCAAAAAUGGCUGAAGAGGAAGAUAAAAAUCCGUUACCACCUAUUAUAGAUGUCAGAAGCAUGGGAGAUGACACUGACGUCAUUUACAAAACCUACAGCAGCACGAACAAAGAAAGUGAAGAAGAAAGAUUGAAAAGAAUUGCGGAAAUGUUCUUGGCAAAACCAGGGAACCAAGCAGAUAGGAGAGAAAUAGCCGAUGAAAUAAAGAAAAAGGAUAAGAAGUUGUCAAACAGAAUGAGGAAGAAGAUAGCGAAGAAGAAUAAGAAAAAGAAAAGGGCUGAGCAAAAGCAAAAAUCCAUUACAGAAGCGACUGAGAGAGAUGAUCACGAGAUCCAUAAGCCGUUUGAAGCGUUCCUUGAAAUUGAAGUUGCAGACGACAAGAGAGAUGAUCAAGUGGUUCAUAAGCCAUUUGAAGCGUUCCUUGAAAUUGAAGUUGCAGACGACAAGAGAGAACGCGCAAAAUUUCCUAGCUGCUUUGGUUUCAUCAUGGCAUGGUUUGAGAAAAGGAAAGAGAAAAAGCUUUUGAAAAAAGUUAAUGCAGAUUCACACAGCUUGUGUGUAAGUUCCAGUGACAUUUUGAUUGAGAUGAUAAGUUCCGCACGUGCCAAUGAAGCAGACUACAUAACCGGAAAUGGGCUGAAAGAGGACGUCCUGGAAAUUGAGAACGUCGAAUCAAUUUCAUUUUAAAUCUCGUGCUGAUAGACUUAAACCCACGACAAGUAGACUUAUUUCUAAAUUUUUGCUGGUCACGUGAUAUAAUUUGUAUAAUUCAACACAAUAUUUGUACCAAUAAAUGAAAAAAGAAACUUUUUUUUAAAAAAAAAAUCACUGUGAGCAUAAACUUCAAACGGUUUUAUCAGUUUUAAAAAGAUAAAAGAAAUAUUUGCACAUAAAUUGUUUCUCAAUUGUUUAACUGUUUUUUUAUACGUUACAAGCAAAUUUUAAUUUUCGUUGUGAAAAUAGUAGGUAUAUUUUCAUAUUACAUUUUUCAAUUAUUUCCUACUAUUUUAGUUACAAAAUAUUUUCAUCUUUUUAAGAAAAGGCGCUCACUAAAUAGAAUCACAUUUCCAUUGUUCAGUUCUGUAAAGUUUUCAAGAUGUACUUUCAAACACAUAAUCAUCUAAUCAGUUAACAUCGAUUGAUUAUCUUCACUAUUUCAGUG